CACUGCACAAACCCUAGUCUUUAAUCACAACAUUGCAAUGAUUGCUUCCAAAUGCAUAAAGAGAAAAGACAGACUGUCGGCUGCAAGUUUAGCUAAGUAUGGUGUAGCCGCUGCGUGAGGAGGAUGACGCACAGCAGCGGAGGAGAUGAUCCGCACCGCUGGUUCUGAGGAUGACGGCGUCGCUACAAAAACAAAAACACAGCGACUAAACACAUUGACCGGAGUGAUGUCGUUGUCUGCAGCUGAACCGGAAAAUACCGAGUAAGAUGAGAUGCCCGGGCGUUUAGCUGCACCUCAUUCCUUCUGAGGCAUGCAGGGUUGCGCAUCGCCUCAAGAAGCCGUCCGGGACAUGGACCCAGGGACUGCGGGAACCUGGAGUGAUGGGAGUCCGAUAGAGGCAGCGGCUGCCGGAUCCAGUCUGCAACUUGACCUCGGGGACACCGAUUCAACCCGAAAGGUUCAAAUAACAGAGAUGCCAUCUCUGUUUGGAACAGAACCAACUCGUGAGAAGAAGAUUGGCCACAGGAGAGUAGAUGCCCAUGGAGAGACAACAUACAAAAAAACCACCUCAUCUGCCUUGAAAGGGGCAAUCCAGUUGGGGAUCGGAUAUACCGUUGGCAAACUCAGCUCCAAGCCUGAGAGAGAUGUACUCAUGCAGGAUUUCUAUGUGGUGGAAAGCAUCUUCUUCCCCAGUGAAGGCAGCAACCUCACUCCAGCCCAUCACUUCCUAGACUUCAGGUUCAAAACCUACGCCCCCGUGGCUUUCCGCUACUUCAGGGAGCUGUUUGGGAUCCGGCCAGACGACUACCUGUACUCGCUGUGUAAUGAGCCACUGAUUGAGUUGAGCAACCCGGGAGCGAGCGGCUCCAUAUUCUAUGUGACCAGUGACGAUGAGUUUAUCAUCAAAACUGUUCUGCACAAGGAGGCUGAAUUUCUGCAGAAAUUGCUCCCUGGAUAUUAUAUGAACUUGAACCAGAACCCCCGCACUUUGCUGCCCAAGUUUUUUGGUCUUUACUGUGUCCAAUGUGGAGGCAAGAACAUUCGAAUGAUUGUGAUGAACAAUAUAUUACCACGCUCGGUUCGCAUGCACCUCAAGUUUGACCUGAAGGGCUCAACGUACAAGAGGCAAGCAUCCAAGAACGAAAGAGAGAAGUCUAAACCCACGUUUAAAGACUUGGAUUUUCUGAGUGACGUUCCUGAGGGCCUCACUCUGGAUCAGGAAACGUUCAACGCAUUGGUCAAAACACUGCAAAGAGAUUGCCUGGUUCUGGAGAGUUUUAAGAUUAUGGAUUACAGUUUGCUGCUUGGCAUCCAUAAUAAAAGCCUAGCAGAGAAAGAACAGCUAUCCCAAGAUUCACCACCAGGAGGCGGUGAUGAGAAGAAGCCCACAGGACAGAGGGCUUUGUAUUCCACUGCUAUGGAGUCCAUACAAGGGGGGUCCACAUGCAGGGACACGCUGGAACAUGAUGACACAAUGGGAGGUAUCCCAGCAGUGGGAAGUAAGGGAGAGAGCCUCCUGCUGUUCAUUGGGAUUAUUGACAUUCUGCAGUCCUACAGACUGAUUAAAAAACUGGAACACUCUUGGAAGUCUCUCAUCCAUGAUGGAGACACAGUGUCGGUCCACAGGCCUAGUUUCUACGCAGAGAGGUUCUUCAAGUUCUGUAGCACAGUUGUCUUCAGGAAAAGCUGCUCAUUACGACCAUCUCCAUCCAAGAGAGGUCGAGGGGCUCUCUCUGCAUCCAAGUACAGUGCUGGAGCCGGAUCAGCUGGACAGCGUCCCUCUCUGACUGAUGAAAGGCAGGAAAACCUGGAGAACCUAAGAGGAGCCCUCAGGUUUUCUAUACUGGAAGAGAAUGGUAAAGAACCCCCCUGCACUCCCCCAUCAUUUGAAGAUGCAACGACAGCAUCUAUUGCAACCACUCUGUCAUCUAACAACUCUCUACCAACCACCCCGUUUGAUACUCCAGAACAUCCACGCUCCAGAAGACCAAUGCAUUCACCAAACAUAGUCAGAUCACAAAAAGAGUUUGUUGAGGUUCAUGGUGAACGUCAGGACACUAUAACUGUGGAAGUGGAGCUGAGCAAGAUCCCACUGAGCACAGAGCUCACGCAGAGGACAGAAAUCACAUCUUCUAGCCAACAGUCACUCAGUCAUCAGACUUGUACAGUUGCUUCAUCCACCCCCAGUUCUACAUGUGCGUCCUCUGCAUAUUCCUCUGCUACCCUUCCUCCUUCCUUUGCGUCAUCCUCCUCCUCUGCUCAGCGUGUUGCCCAGUCAUCCUCUACACUCUCUUCAUGGAUCCGUCCAUCCACCAAACCACUCACCUCUCCAGGAGCUGCUCAGUCUUUAACUCUCUCCUCUCCAAUCUCAAAUUCAGCUGCACAAUCUGUUCAGCUUUCUGGUUUGUCUCCAAAUGCUUCCACUCUCACUCCUUCCUCAGCGUUCACUCCCAUUCACCCCGCAUCCACUAGCUCCUCUCAGCAUCUUCCAUCAACACCUCCCUCCUCUGCCCCUUCAAGCCCCCAGUUGCCUCAGGAAGCACCGCAUACGUCGCAAAAGCAACUUUCGGUGUCCAGUAGCCACAGCUCAUUGGAUGGGGAGGUCCAGGUUUCUGACAUUUACUUCUAUGCAGAUGGAAGAUACUGGGUGUACUCUCCAGUUCUUGGCCGUCGUAAGCUUAACUCUAGUUCAAGUUACAAUACUCAGGAGGACCAGAGCUGUGUUUUCUCUCCUUUACACUGCAGCUCAGAGUCCAGAAGAGGCUCAGAUGGGGAUAGUGAAACAUAAUUUCAGUCGAAGACAGCAGUAGUGGGUGGAGCCAGAGGCUUUUUCCACACACACAAAGGCUGGGGGGAUUUAAUGAUAAAGGCAGCAGGACACUGAUGAUUUACUGCGGGCCACUGAAGCUGCAUGUAAGAGUCUGCUUUGCUUACAGCAAAUCUUAUCAGGCAUUCAGCUGAAAGAGUGUGGCUUUGCAUUAUGCAUUCAAACCGAUGUUCAGAGAGAUUUACUGCUAAUAUGGUGAAAGACUACAUUGUAGCCUCAAUCAGGACAAUUUGUCCAUACUGAAGUGAAGAAACAUAAAUUCUGAGGUACAAUCAGAUUAGUGGCACUGUAAACGAUUUUGGUGUUUGCGAUGAAGCUCAGUCUUAUAACAUUAUAAUCAUGCUCUUGGUUCAAUCAUCGAUUUAACUCCCACAACAUAAAUACAGUAUCAAUGAACCUAAAUUGAAACCCCAUAUUUUUGAAAAUGCCAAAAAUCUGUGCAUAAAUCACAGUUUGGUUGCAGAGGGAACAGCCUAAGAAAGGUGCAUCAAACAUUCCUUUUCCCAGCUCUGCCUAUGCAAUACGUGUUAUUGAUUCCCCCCUGUUGACUUUCUAGUAAUUAGCCCAGACUUAUUUGUGCAUUUGUUCUUAACUAGAGGGUAGUCUGCUCUGUAUAAUUUAAUUUUAGCACUUUAACAAUGAAUAUGGUUGAUAAAAAAAAAAAACACUCAGACGCAGUGUAUAUCAUUUGCAUACACAGUGGUCUUACACCUCUUGUGGUUCAGUUAAAAAAAUUAUCUGAACGCAAAUGGUUUUGUUCAAAAUGCCUUAUCAAUUAACUCAUCAGCUUAUGUUUUUUCUGAUGAAAUCAUGGAAAAAUAGGACUUAAAAUAUAAUAUAUCUAUUUAUUGGUAAGUAAAAACCAAAUAUUAGUAGCUGGGUCAAGAAGAAAAAUUAAACAAGUCAAAAUAUCUUUUGUUAAUCAUCAGUUUUCAUGUGCUUAGGUACAUGCAUGUAAGUGUGUACUUGCUAUGUUGUGUUGUGUGUGCAUGUGUUUGCAUGUCUACAAUGUACGACUGGGAGAGAUAUGUCAGAUUUUCCUGUGUUCUCUUUUUGUCAAAUUGUCAAAAGGUGUUGUAACAAGUCAUGGAGUACAGCAGCAUCUAAGUAAAUUAGAAAAUCGGCAAAAAGUCAACUUAUUUCAGGAAUUCAGCACUAAAAGUAAAAAUCCUAAAUAUUUAGUGCAUUCCGAAUAAUUUAUUUGAUCAGUGUUAACUUUGAUGACUAUGGCUUAAGGCUUAUAAAACCUCAAAUGAUUUUUUUUUUAAAGCUGAAUGCUACUUAAGACCAAUAGAAAUUAUUUUUAAUAGAAAAAUGUCAUGUUAUGCUUAGACAGUUAUGGAGUAUCUAGGCCAUGGGGGGUAAGCCACAAGCGGUCAUUAUACCUUACAUUAUAUAAGAAUAUUUGUGGAAAAUUGAGUGGAAGGAAAAGGUUUGGAGAAGCUGAAUUUUGGGCUUUCAUAGUCAUCCAUCCAUUUUCUAUACCCGCUUGUCCAUCCAGGGUUGUAGGGGGGCUGGUCACUAUCUCAAGUGGUCAUUGGGCAAAAGGUGGGCUGUAACUGGCAACCCUCCUGUGAUAAACUGAUGAACUCUUGCCUGGGCAGGUCGUCAUUCCAUCACAGGGCAACAAAUAAUGGUUAUUUGUCUGGCACAUCAGACAAAUAACCAUGGAUGUGCAUAUACACUUCUAAGGGCCAUUUAGAAGUGUGAGAGAGAGCAUUAAACCUAACAUCCAUGUUUUUUGGUUUGUGAGAGGAUGAGAGAAGAGAGAACCCAUGUAUGCAAAGGAGAACAUGUAAACUCCAUGCAGAAAGGCUCCCGGUCAAGAUUUGAACCGAGGACAUUUUUUCUGCUAACUGCACCCACCACCAAGCAGCAUGUUUUCAUAAUCAUCAAAAUUAAAAUAGAAAUAGCCAAUUUCACUCUGUAUGUAUAAAAUAUGAGUUUCACAUUUUGAAUUGAAAUACUGACAUGAAACAACUUUACAUUCGAAUUUACUGAGAUCCUCCUACUUUAGCUGUUUGAGUGUUUAAUGGAGCAUGAUAGAGCAUAACAUAUGCAGAAGAUCCUCAGUUUUCUGAACAGUUUACUUGGCAAUACAUCUUUGAACUGUGACCUGCUGAAAUAACAGAAUUAGUCCCUGUCUGAGAUGCUUUUGUACUAUAUUGUUUUCAAGACUGCUGAUGUUAACCUGCCUGUUUGUGGGCAACAGUGUUUGUUGAUUAUCACUGUGAACAAAAAAUAAAAUUAUGUUGUGUA